UUUCGUGCCUUUCUUGGAAGUAGGUGAAAGACUCUUAUUCCUCUCUCGACUCGAUCGCUCCUUCGUCCAUCGCACGCUUUCAUAUUCUUUGCUUUCUCCUUUUCUUCUCCAGAUCAUUUGAAGAUGGAGGGCGAUCUCCUUUCCAUGGCUUCCACUCAGCGCUUGAAGUUAUUCCAGGGAAGCCAGGCUUUUCCCUCCAACCUCCACCGCCUUCUUCUGUCAAAACUAUCAAUUCUGCGAAAUUUAGGAGAUAAAGAAAGCUGGUAAGCGAAAUGAGUUCUUGGUGGAAGGGUAACUAUCUUGCAGCCAGGUCCAAUGGCGACUCUUCGAGGAGGAAUUCGACGACCACUGAGGAACAGAAGCAGACGAGAAGGACGAACACGUUCUACGGACCUUUGGAAUCGCAUUGGCAUUUUCCGGAGCCCGAGAAGAAGAAGCCCCCUUUGACUUCAAAAUUUACCUUCAGGUCCUUGCAGAAAUCGCUCACCAAGGUCAGCAAAAGCAACGCAUUUCGCACGAUGUUCCAAGGCGUCCACGAUCCGAAUGAGGAGAAAGUGGUGAAGUCGUUGAGGGACACACUGCUGUCGAAGGGCCAGCUACCUGAGAAGUAUGAUGACUACCAUACGCUUCUCCGAUUUUUGCGAUUGCGGAACUUCGACAUGUCUAAGGCAGAGAUCAUGUUUGUUAAUAUGCUCAAGUGGAGAGAUAGUUCUGGUGUUGAUCUUAUUGCAAAAGAAUUCAAGUUUGAGGAGUAUGACGCUGUGAAAAAAUGUUAUCCACAUGGAUAUCACGGAGUCGAUAAAUACGGGAGACCAUUAUACAUUGAAAGAAUAGGUCUGGUGGAUCUCAAUGCCUUUUUCAACAUAACAACAUUUGAUCGUUAUGUCAAGUAUCAUAUUUAUGAACAAGAGAAAACAAUGAACUUACGCUACCCCGCAUGCUCACUUGCCGUUAAAAGGCAUAUAGCAUCCACCACCGCUAUUCUAGAUGUCAAAGGAUUGGGUACAAACAACUUCUCAAGGCCAGCAAGAGAGAUUUUCACAGAAAUUCAAAGGAUUGACAGCAAUUACUAUCCUGAGACUCUCAACCAGCUAUACAUUAUUAAUGCUGGACCAGGGUUCAAGGUCCUCUGGAAAAUUUUAAGUGCUUUCUUCGACGUCCGGACAUUGGCAAAGAUACAGAUUCUAGGUACUAAAUAUCAGGAUAAGCUUUCUGAAGCCGUGGACUUGAGUAAGUUACCCGAUUUUUUGGGUGGAAAUUGCAAGUGCUAUGAACAUGGAGGUUGCUUGAUGAAAGACAAAGGGCCAUGGACUCACAUAGACAUUAUCACCAAAUUGAUGGAUGUGUUUAAUAAUGCGGAACAAUUAGCAGAUAAUGUGGAACAAUUAGCAGAUGAACCAAGUGGCACAGAAGAUCUUGAAGUCCUUAGUUCCUUUCAAAAUGGGUCAUCAAAUCGACGACUUAGAUCGAGUUCUAUUAGAACACUUUCUUCAAAGAUGGAUGAUGCACCAGAAAAUUAUCUUGAAAAUACAAGUGGAAAACAAUAUACGAAAAAUAAGCACUUAAAGCAAAAGAUAAAUGAACUGGAAGAAUGGUUGGUGGACACUGAUGAGAUCUUGCAACUACUGAACUCUAAGCAGCAAGAACUUGCUGAUCACAUAGAACAACUCAAGAAACUCAAUGACCUAGUUUGAAGUGUGUGAUUUCGAGCAUUUGGAGAUUCAUAAAAGUGAAAAAUUAUUAAAUAAGCUCUACAGAUUCUAUCAACUCCGGUUGGUGUGCAUGCUAUUUCGGAUAGAAUUUUGGCGGUUGCUACGAUCGAUGUGAAGUUGCUCCAGUUCGCUGUGGAAUUGGAUUCCACUUAUUGUAGAACGAGGGAAAGAUUCUUGCUUAAUGGGAAUUACCAACAUUCUUAUGUGUAUUAUAUUAUUAUUCAUGACAUUCUCAUACCGUGCAAAUUUCUCGAAACUAUCACCAAAAAAAACAGCUAGUAAUUGUGUAUGAAUACUUAACUAUGUACAAUGAUGAGCGAUCAAGGGGAUGAAAUAUUCGCAAUUC